ACAUAGCCAGGGCUGCCAAGCCUCACGCUUUGAGUGUGACAGUCACGCAAUUUGACCCAUUCUCACACCACACGCCACACUUGCCAUUUCUCACGCUUAUUUCCCCAUUCAUUACUCUAUUUUUUUUUCUCAUGAUAAUAAGCUUUGGUCCUCGCGGCUUCGAGUGGUUAUGUAGUCGCGCGGUGUCCACUUUGCGAUGUAUACGUUUGACAGUUUGUAAACAAUCUCCCGCGACCUGCGCGUGUGAGCGUCUUGGUGGAGCGUCUUUGUAUAAAGUGCCAAAUUUGACUUCUGGACUGCAUUCUGCAACAUGUUCAAGAAGGGUAAGUAGGCCUACAUCAAUCGCCUUCUUUCAAAUAUACAUUAUACACAGAGAUGUUUCUACUGGUUGUUUUCAUAUUUCAUAACAGCAUUAUGUAUAAAAACGUAAGGUAAUACAUUACUGAACUCUUCGUGUUAGUUAGCCAGCAUAACUAGGUAGCAGCAUAGUUUGAUUUCUCAAAAUCAGCUCACCAAUAAAAUCAAUUCAAGUGUUCGUCCCGGGGGAAAGGCAACCGUUGUGACAGGUCGCUAGUACAGCUGUUAUACAGUUAUCCCAUAGAAACCCUUAUGCUUUUCCGUACACCCUCGAAAACAAUUACUACGUUUUCUCAUGCUGUGAUAGACAUGUUUAAGUGAUCUAAGUUUUAUUUCUACGAGUUGUGUUAAUUCAUAGUAAUUUACGUCACGUUCUAAUAUAGAGAUAAGACCGUUAUUCAUUCAUAAUUCCGUUAAUGGCUAACGUUAGCACUUGCCACUGGUUAGCCAGCUGUGCAGUUCGCUGUAGUCUUCCAUUUUUGCCGCCCUGUGGGCUCUCGCGCGCCCCCUUCUUUGAGGCGGAGCUAGAGUUGACCUCUUUUUCACUGCAGGUUAUUAUGUCAGAUCAGCCAGACUAAAUAGGUUCUACACAUAGGCCUACGUGAAAUACAUUGUUGACAGGACAUGCGCAUGAAGUGCUACAAUUUACAUGAUUAUAAAAAGGCUUACAAUGAUUGGAAUCAUACAGAUAUGACAUUUAUAGCACAUAACUGUAACUGUACAAAUAGAACCAAAUGGACCCAUUGGGGCCUUUAAUACAGUAUUCAAUAAAACACUAACAUGUAGCUAUCUUUUGAUAGAUGCUAGGUAAGACGAUGCUAGGUAAGAGGAAGAGCCCACAGAGAGAUCUGCUGUCAUUCUGGGCAGUGCCAGCCCCCCCUUAUGCACCCCCGGAAAAAGAGAGUGCAGAGGGCACAGAAGAAAUGGAAGAUAAAGCGAGAUCAGAAGAGAUUGAGGACAGUGAGGGCGAAGAUUUUGAUUGUAUACAAAUUGAAAACACAGAGACAGAAGAGCCAGCAGAAAAAAAUGUGGAGAUAAGAAUAAAUUCAGGGAAGAAGCAGAAGGCCAAAAGUGGAGCAGCCCUCUACAGGUGCACUUUUAAAAGGGAGUGGACAGCAGAAUGGCCCUUCAUUAGUGUAGGCACAACCACCGCCUACUAUUGGUGCUCUGUUUGCCGACAUGAGAACAGCUGUGCCCAUCAAGGCAAGGCUGAUGUCGCAAGGCAUAUCAAAAGCAAAAUACAUCGUUCAAAAGAACAGGCAGCACAGUCAACAGCCAGCAUUGCACCAUAUUAUGGCCCAGCCACUGUUGGUGGCAUGACAUCUCAGGAAGUCAAGACAAGGAGAGCUGAGGUAAAGUUAGCAGUGUCGAUGGUGGAACACAAUGUGCCAUUUGCAGUAGCCGAUCACUUCAGCCCAUUGCUGAAAGAAUGCUUCAAAGAUUCCCCUACUGCACAGAGCUUCAAGGCUGCCCGCACAAAAAUGUCCUGCAUAAUAAAUGAAGCAGUGGCUCCUCACUUUAGAAAGGAACUGGUCAUGAAGAUGAGGACCAAUCCUUUCACGUUGAUCACAGAUGGAUCAAAUGAUACAGGACGUGAGAAGAUGAACCCGCUCACUGUGCGGGUAUAUGACAGUGAUCUCAGCAAAGUUGUCCACAGGUUCCUGGAUAUGUGCCCCACCAGCGGGCCAAACUGCGGCACAGCUGAAGUCAUCUACAAGAAGAUGGAUGAGGCCAUGCAGAAAAACGCCAUACCAUGGAGAAACUGUGUCAGUCUGUCAGUUGAUAAUGCCCCUGUCAAUACAGGAGCAAGGAACUCCAUCGCAUCCAGAGCUCAUCAAGAACAUGGCAGUAUCUACAUCCAUGGGUGCCCUUGUCACAUCAUCCACAACACUGCCAAACAGGCUGGCCAGGCCUUUUUGGAGGUGUGUGGAUUUGAUCCAGAGGAUCUCGCUGUGGAUGUUGGAUAUUGGUUUAAAGGAAGCACCAAUCGCAAAGGUUACCUAACAGAAUUCUGUGAGCUCCAUGGAAGUGAGUAUAUGGAAAUGCUCAUGCACGUUUCUGUUCGAUGGUUGAGCCUGGAGAAGUGUUUGACUCGUAUCCUGCAGCAGUAUGAGCCACUGGCCAGCUACUUCAAGUCAUUAAAUGACAAACAGCCAAGGUUCAGGAGGCUUGUGGUGGCAUUCUCUGACUCAAUUACAGAGGUGUACCUACUGUUCUUUCAAGCAACUUUUCCAGUCUUCUCCACAUUCAACCUCCUCCUCCAGAGAGAGAAGUCGUCAAUCUUCCUACUACAUGAUGAGAUGAGGGGUUUUAUCCGCAAGCUGCUCUCAAAGUUUCUGAAGCCCGCAGCAUUGCAGCACCGGGAACUGCAUGAAAUAUGCUUUAAGGAGCCAUCCAACCAACUGCCAGGAGAAAAGUUGGUGAUUGGCUUCACUACUCGAGUUACACUCAACAGGCUCCUUGAAGCAGGAGCCAUUACACCGCAGCAAGUGCAGAGGUUCCAGAAGGCAGCAGUGGCGUUUCUGGAAAGGGCUGUGGAGUAUGCCAUCAAGAAACUCCCCAUGAAAGAGCCUCUGAUUAAACAUGCCAUGUUUCUGGAUGUCCAGCAGAGAGCAGAGUGUGGAGUAGAAGAUGCCUUCUACUUUGUCGACAGAUUUCCUGAACUUCUCCCAUACAAUGGACCUGAAGAGCGUGACAAACUUUGUGAGGAGUUUCUGGACUACCAGACCAUGGACAUUGCCAUGCCCGACGACCCAGCAAUGUUUGACUUUGAGAGAUUUUGGGGGAACAUGGCAUCAAUGAAGAACAAGGUGACCGGUAUGAGCAGAUUUGGCAGGCUGUCUUGUAUUGCCAAGUUGGUCUUGGUCAUGCCUCACUCCAAUGCUGAUGCAGAGCGAGUUUUCUCUAUGGUUGGACUAAAUAAGACCAAGACCCGAAACAGUUUGGCUCUUGAGGGAACUCUGUCAUCCAUCAUGACCGUGAAGAUGGCGAGCCUUGAGCCAGACUGUUUUAAGUGGGAGCCCCCUGCCUCUGUCAUCAAGGCAUCAAAAUCUGCCACCAACACCUACAACGUUAGACAUGCUAAAUGAUUGACAAAUAAAUGUAUUUUGUCAAAAUUCUUGUCUUGUUAAUU